GUGUGGGGCCGAAGGUGCGGGCAGUUAGGUUCUGUAGGUUCCUCUCCGCGGGCGUGGGGUGGUGUUCGAAGCCUCCAGAACGCGUCCCGGCAGGAUUUGAGGAGAGGGGGCGGGGAGGGGCUGGCGGCCCCGCCCCCUUCUCCGGCUCCCGGGCGGGCGAGCGCGCUGGACCGCCCGCUCCCUCUCCCGGCCCUGGGGCCGCGUCCCCUAGGCAACUCCGCUGCCUCGGCCUGAGCUUCUGCCGGCAGGUGUCGGCGGCGAGGCCCCCCCGCCCCCCACACCAGGCACAGCCCGGUUCGUCCCCAUGGUGGGCUUCGGGGCCAACCGGCGGGCCGGCCGCCUGCCCUCCUUCGUGCUGGUGGUGCUGCUGGUGGUGAUCGCGAUCCUCGCCUUCAACUACUGGAGCAUCUCCUCCCGCCACGUCCUGCUUCAGGAGGAGGUGGCCGAGCUGCAGGGCCAGGUCCAGCGCACCGAGGUGGCCCGCGGGCGCCUGGAGAAGCGCAAUUCAGACCUCCUGCUCUUGGUGGACUCGCACAAGAAGCAGAUGGACCAGAAGGAGGCCGACUACGGCCGCCUCAGCAGCCGACUGCAGGCCAGGGAGGGCCUGGGGAAGAGAUGCGAGGAUGACAAGGUUAAACUACAGAGCAACAUAUCAUAUCAGAUGGCAGACAUACAUCAUUUAAAGGAGCAACUUGCUGAGCUUCGUCAGGAGUUUCUUCGACAAGAAGACCAGCUUCAGGACUAUCGGAAGAACAAUACUUACCUUGUGAAGAGGUUAGAAUAUGAGAGUUUUCAGUGUGGACAACAAAUCAAGGAAUUAAGAGCACAGCAUGAAGAAAAUAUUAAAAAGUUAGCAGACCAGUUUUUGCAGGAACAAAAGCAAGAGGCCCACAAGUUGGAAUUAAAAGAUGGAAAUGAAUUGGGUAUAAACAAUCAUGCAGUACCUAAAAAUGUUCCACAAGUAGGUGAGAAGGCCGAAGAGAAGAAUGAAGAACCCUCAAACAACCAUAUUGCACAUGGGAAAGAACAAAUCAAACCAGGUGGUGAUGCAGGAAUGCCUGGAAUAGAGGAGAAUGACCUUGCAAAAGUUGAAGAACUUCCCAUUGUUUUAAAGAAACCCCCUAUUUCUAUUUCUCAAUAUGGUAGUCAUCAAGCAAUCUCCCAUCAUCCAACUGGACAACCUCUCUCUCCUAAUAUGGUUCCAGAUUCUCAUGUAAAUCAUAAUGGAAACCCUGGAACUUCAAAACAGAACCCUCCCAAUCUUCUUCAGCGUUUAAUUCCAGGCCCAAACUUGGAGAGUGAACCCAGAAUUCAAGGUGAUACACUGAAGCAGGCCACCAAGGAUAGAGCCGGUGAUUUCCAUAAGUUAAAGCAAAGCCGAUUCUUUGAUGAGAAUGAAUCCCCUGUUGAUCCGCAGCAUGGCUCUAAACUGGCGGAUUAUAAUGGGGAUGAUGGUAACGUAGGUGAGUAUGAGGCAGACAAGCAGGCUGAGCUGGCUUACAAUGAGGAAGAAGAUGGUGAUGGUGGAGAGGAAGACGUCCAAGAUGAUGAAGAACGAGAACUUCAAAUGGAUCCUGCAGACUAUGGAAAACGUUUAAAUGAUGUCCUUUAAAACCUAAAGGAAACUUUAGAAAACCUAAAGUGCUGUAAAAUGGAAUCAUUUCUACUUUGUCCUUUUUGACUUUUGCUGUAAAGAUCAGUUGUAUCAGUUAUAAAGAUACAUUGAGUUAAACUUAAGGAAAAAUUUAAUGAAGGAAUGUACCCAUGUACAUAUGUGAACUUUGUCAUAUUGUAUAAUUAAUGCAGAGACCUUUUUGGUUGUAUUACAGUUGAGCCAAAAACAAAGUAAACAAACUGUAGUCUUUGCGUUUAAAGCAAACUAAUAUA